AUGACUCCCGAAGCAGGAGGAUCGGACUCUAAAGGCAAACAAAAAUCCUUGCCCAAAGAAUUUCACGAAGAAGAACAUGGGGUGGAGGAUGAACCCCAAUCUGAACCGGCGGAGGAGGAAGACAACGAUAACUGUCCAAAAACGGGACAUGGCCGACCUCGUAAGGCGAUUCUCAAGGAUGCUGCGAAAAGGCUCAAGAAGUUAUGA